ACACACUGAUCACUCACGGUAUUGAAAAAUUCAGGGUGAAAUAUGGAGGUUUCAGCGAGCUCCUCACUCACCGAGAAGUUAUCGGCAGCUUUAAAGAACGAUAACGACUUGAUUAAGGAAUGUCAAGAUAUAGCCUCAGAUAUAGAAUAUGGAAAAUUGAAGCUUGUGAUUUUCGUUGAGGAACUCGCUCCGUUUCUCACUGACAAAAAUGUUACUUCGAGAGCUCAGGGAACGCUUGCGUUGUCGACAACCCUGAAGCACUUGUCGAAAGAUUUUCUAAAUGAAAAUGAGCUAAAUUUUAUCACAAAUUUUUACUGUGAUCGGAUGAAGGAUCAGCAUGAAGUUAUUCCAUCCGUUUUACAGGGUGUCCUGACUAUCGUACAGAUGAGCCGUUUACCUCAAGAUUCGCCUGCUAGAUUGUUGAACCUCAUGUUUCAGCAUGUACAUUGUCAGUCACAGCUGCAGCCUAUUCGAAAGUUGAUAUAUUUGAUAUUCCAAACACUCCUACAAAAUAGAAAAGAUGCCUUACGUUCCAUGGGGCCUGAUUUUAUAUACGGAGUAAUUUCAUCUAUAGACGGCGAACGAGAUCCAAGAAAUUUGAUGCUGUUAUUUGACAUGCUUCCAAAUUUUAUUCAAGAAUUUCCAUUGGGCCAUUUGACAGAGGAAAUGUUUGAAGUUAUUGCUUGUUAUUUCCCAGUUGAUUUCAAUUCCUCUGCAUCAGAGGCUCAAACAGUUACUCGUGAUGAUUUGGCGUACGCCCUAGCACCUUGCCUUUACGCCUCUCCAGAAUUUGCCGAAUUUUGCAUACCUCUCAUAAUCGAGAGAUUAGACUCGAGCUUAAGACUAGCAAAACUAGAUUCAUUGUAUCUUUUACGCAAAGGUGCUUCUACCUAUGGAGCCUCAAGAUUGCAACCACACCUUGAUGAAUUAUGGCCAAUUAUACGAAAAGAAGUCUUCCCAGGCGGGGAUAUUGAGAUGAAAAAUGCUGGAUUAGAAACUAUAACUGAAUUAGUUAAAGUGUUGUCCACAGAUGAUGUAAUACGAGACAGUUUCAUCGAAAAAGUUAUCACAGAUACAAAAUCAUCACUGUGUGACGUUCAAUUGAGCCUUUAUUGGCCGGCUGAAAAAUUGUUGGAAGCAGUCGCUAAGGCAAAUAAAUUAGCUUGUGCCCAAGUUUUGAAAUCCUUUAUACCAUUGUGCCUUGGUCAAUAUUCAACAAAGACUUCUUACUCGGAUAGAGUUACCUUAACAGAAAGUUUGAAUAGUUUGAUGGCAAUAUGCGAAGAGCAGAGAUUUAUAAUAAAUAGUGUGCCCGAACUUGCUUGGACAGAUAUACCAACAUUGUACUUGAAUGCCUUAAAUACUGAUAAUAUUGAGCUAAAAUUGAAGACUUUCUCUGGAUUGGUAAUACUGAAAUCGUCGUUGAGUGACGUGGCCAGAAAACUUCUGUAUGAAAAAAUUUGUAUGGCAGUAGAUGAUGGAAAUAAUCAACUAAAGAACACAUGCCACAUAUGUCUGUCAACUUUUGCUAAAAUUUAUCCAAACGAAAUUCUGGGUACCGUUAUGAACCAACUAGCUAUCAAUGACUCAAACACUGAUAAUACGGUAUUUACUCACCGAUUGCAAGCCUUAUGUGCUGUAGCAAAAAUACCAGAAUUAGGUCCACAAAUCCUACCUAAUGUAGUAGUGGUAGCUAUGUCUAAUAAAUUGGAAAAGAGUAUCGCAGCACUGUGUUGUUUGCGAAAACUUGUAGCUGGGAGAAGCGAUACAUUCAGUAUACAACAUUUUUUGUAUAAAAAUUGUAACAUUGUUGAGUUAUUGGUAUCAGCAGAUACAAGUGGCUGCUCCACUCAAAAAUUAAAUUUAAUUGCAUCGAUUUGUCGAUCUAUAGUUAGAAAGUUGGAUGUGAAGGACCAACAACAAAUUGUAAAUAAAUAUGUUUCAAUUCUUAGUGAAAAACUUUCCGAAAGCAAUGUGAUUGUAUUGGAAGGACUUUUAACACCAUUGCAAAGAAAUGUUGAUAUUGCUAAUAAGGUAAACUUGUUAAAAAAUCUAUUACACCUUGCAAUCAACAGCGUCAGUUCGAGUUCUAAAGAAGUAUCAAGUAAAUUGAUAUCAGUAUUGAUAAAUAAACAAACCGAAGACAAAAAUUUCCUAAUAGUUUUAAAUAUGCUGAGGGACCGUAUCAAAAACAUUUUGGAACACGAUUCGAAUACCGAGCUCAAAGAGUCAGCCAUCUUAUUGAAUACGUGGCUGACGAAAGCUUUGGUUGUCAGAGGAAGCCAAAAUUCUCAAGAGUAUCUUGAUUUCCACAUAAAUUUGCUGAAGGACAUGGAAAUGGGUUACAAUGUUGCAAAUGGUUUUAAAACUCUAUCUGAUAGGUUUGAGGAUACUGUGACUGAAGAGAACUUCUGCAAUGUUAAAUUAUUCUACAAACAGAGGAUAUUUCAGAAUGUCAUUCAAAAAAACAACGACUUUGAUGCACAAUCAAGAGAAAACUACCUAAUGGCUCUAACACAUUUAAUCGAGGAAGUUCCCAUGGAACUAUUGCUCAUGCAUUUAGAGCCGCUCAUCCCACUCCUAAUUGAAUCCAUGGCACUGGACAGCUCAGAGUUAAUUCUGUCGACACUAGUGACCCUGAAAGUUUUGCUUGACACAGGGCACAAGAUCUUCCAUGAGCAAGCACAACACUUUAUCCCCAAAUUACUGAGUCUGACGACACGUAGGGAAAUGAAAGUCAGAACUGCUGCAUUGGAAUGUUUGUUGCAUUAUGCAAAUUACCCGACUGUCUUGAUUCUACCUUUUAAAACGGAUGUCUUGGAGCGAUUAGCUGUGGCGAUCGACGAUCGAAAACGUUUGGUCAGGUCAAUCGCUGUGAAAGCAAGAACUCGCUGGUAUCUUGUUGGGGCACCAGGAGAACCGAAACAAUCUUAACUCAGACGGAAUAGCCGAUUGUUCAAUUCAUUAUUAUAGUUUCAUUUACACAAAUGAAUUUAAGAAAGGAAAAUUGAACUUUGCCUGAACAGUCUAGAUAGAAUGCAAUGAAAAUUGCUUUCUCAGGCGAGUCUUCCCUGAAGACCUUUAUCGUGGUAGCUGAUGCCAAUGUGUGAUUUCAGACAGUUUCUGCCGUUACUGUCUUUUAUUUUUGGGAAAUUCUAUAGAUAUUGAUCUGUACUAUGGUAUCCAAUGUUACCUUCAAUCGUCCGUAAGGUACAGGCGAAAGACUUAUCACGUAAUAAUAUGAUUUAUUGCAUGAAAUCAUAGAAUAAUGACCUAUUGCUUCUUUGAAGUAUUUCACAAUUUUUAUUCAUUCUAACAACCGCAAAUCAAAGUGAUUUCCUGUUGCAUAUUUAACUGGAGUACUUUGCAUUUGAAGUAUUGCUAAAACGCCCAAAAGUUUUUAAGAAUAAAAACAUAUUGAUACUGUCUCAUGUUUUAACAUAAAGGUUGUACAGUGUGUUGAAGAGAAGUAGGUACUUGCUAAAGAUAUGGAAUAUGUGCACAUGUCGAUUUUACAAAUGUCCUAUUAAGUGUAGGUAUGUAAAUAAAUUAUGUGAUUUCUGAAAAUU